UAAGUCCCGGCCGAGUAGAUCCUUAGCCAAGAAAAUCAGUGACAGUAACGCUUAGCUCAUGUUGAUCAUGGGUCACCAGGGUGUUCCAGCUAUGUAGCUCCGCGCUUUCAGGAAUCAGAAUCAAAGCCUAAUCUGUCAUAUUGUUCACUCCAGAAACUACAAAUUGUCAAAUGACUAAUUAGCGCGGUGCCUACUCUCCUUCUCUCUGCGUGGCCACUGCCAAUAUGAUGGCAACUCCAACUCCAACCUUCCGCACAACUACUCCCCCUCCUGGACGCACCUUUGCGAACCAGCAUACCCUGCCGAAGCUCCCAGUUCCAUCUCUCGAUGACACUUGCAAGCGCUACUUGACCGCUCUUCGAGGUCUCCAGGACGACAAGGAACAUGCUGCCACUCAACAUGCUGUUCGAACUUUCUUAGAUGGCGAAGGUCCCGCUCUACAGGGGAGAUUGAAUGAGUGGGCUCAAGAGAAAGCAAGUUAUAUCGAGGACUUCUGGUAUGAAAGUUAUCUCUCGCACAGCGAUCCUGUAGUACUUGCUCUCAACCCGUUUUUUGUCCUCGAGUGCGUUUCAUGUGAUUUUCAUUUGACUUCUAAAACCCUCCUUAAAUCCACCGCCCGCAGGAAUGAUCCUACUCCGGAUCGGGGCUCUCAGCUACCCCGCGCUACGGCUCUUAUCAUAUCGUCAUUAGGCUUUAUUCAUGAUCUCCGCCAAGGUCAACUUGACCCCGAUGUCGUACGUGGUUGCGCACUAGAUAUGGAUCAGUACAGUAGAUUGUUCGGGACUGCUCGUAUACCAACAGAGCGUGGCUGCAAGAUGCUCGUGAACAAUGCAGCUCGUCAUAUAGUGGUUUUGCGGAGGGGACAGUUCUAUUGGUUUGACGCCCUUGACGAGGAUAACCGACCUCUGUUGACCGAACGUGAGGUUCUUCGCAACCUCCAAGCCAUCUGCAAGGACGCUGACAAGACUCCAAUCACUGAGGUUGCUCGUACGGCUAUUGGUGUUCUCACUACCGAGAAUCGGAAAACUUGGUCUUCCCUUCGACAUGAACUCGUGCAGGAUAAGACCAAUGCAGCUUGCCUGCGUCUGGUCGAUGAUGCUUUGUUUGUGGUCUGCUUGGAUGAUGCAGCCCCAGGUCGCGAUGGCAUCGGCGCGCUCGCUCAAACCGGCGAAAAGGGAGAAGACCUCGCUGCCCUAUGCAGUAAUUUCCUUUGCGGAACUUAUGACCUGCGGGAAGGUGUGCAGGUUGGCACGUGUACUAACCGGUGGUAUGACAAACUGCAAAUCAUUGUGUGUGCGGAUGGUGCCGCCGGCAUCAACUUUGAACAUACUGGCGUUGACGGCCACACGGUUUUAAGGUUUGCUGCAGAUGUCUUCACUGAAGGCCUCAUGCUGCUUGCGCGUUCAAUCAAUCCCUCCGCACCCACUCUAUUCCACGCAUCCCUUUCUCCGCACGCUAAGUCCUAUAGGCCUCCCAAGUCGAUAGCCGGCGGCAAAUCGCCAGCAUCCUCUCAAAGUUUCUCAUAUGAUACCUCACCUUCUAAACUCAUGUGGACACUGACUCCCUCAAUUCGAGUUGGCAUCCGGUAUGCUGAGACACGGCUGAGUGACCUCAUAUGUCAGAAUGAUUGUCAGGCGCUCGAGUUUAAGGGCUAUGGAAAGAAUUUUAUUACGAGUCAUGGUUUCAGCCCCGAUGCGUUUGUGCAGAUGGCUUUCCAGGCGGCAUACUUCGGGCUUUAUGGGAGAACGGAGUGUACUUAUGAACCUGCAAUGACGAAAGCCUUCCUUCACGGGAGGACUGAAGCUAUCCGGACAGUGCAACCAGAGAGCGUGGACUUCACGAAGAUAUUUUUCUCGGAGUGUUUGCCUGAUGAGAAGAUCCGUAAAUUGCGCAAGGCAUGUGAUCGACAUGUACAACUUACGAAGGAGUGCAGCCAGGGCUUGGGCCAAGACCGACACUUGUAUGCAUUAUACUGCUUGCAUCAGCGCCAGGCGACAGGAAACCUUGACCCUUCUCCUGAUGACCCGAUCCCGAACGGAAACAUUCAAAAGAAUAUCCUUCCAUCAAUCUUCGCUGACCCGGGCUGGGGUCUACUAAGUACGUCCAUUCUGUCCACUUCAAACUGUGGAAACCCUGCAUUGCGCUUGUUCGGAUUCGGGCCCGUUGCGGCUGAUGGGUAUGGCAUUGGAUAUAUUAUCAAAGAGAAUGGGAUUAGUGUCGUCGCUUCAUCGAAGCAUCUACAGACGCGCCGAUUCCUGGAUACCCUCCAGGGAUAUCUGUUAGAAGUUCAGAGGAUCUUAAUCCAGCUCCAUCGCUCUGCAAAUGAACGCCCAGCGCCAUUUGUUGAUCACUCUGGCAUCCUCCGUGACUCUAAGACUGGUCGGCCAAUCAACGGCCACGAUUACGGGUCAGACGAAUCGGGCAGCGACUAUGGGGAUACUAUGCCUAGUUAUUCGUUCUUUGACAGUGGUGAUAUCGAACUGCUCGGGCGCCACAAGAGAAGUCCGUAUGCAAAUAUUGGAAAAGUCCUCCCGCUUUCCGAUUAUUGACAGAAAGUGGCUAAAUGUUGUAUGUACAAGUAUGGGAAAAUAUAUUUUAG